AUGAUAACCUCACAAAAGCUAAUCUCUGUUGAGCUUACAACAGAUACGCGAAGGAUGGUCCUUAACUUUGAGGAAGGAUGGUUGUCCUUGGAGGAAGGUAUUACCGAGCUGAUAAGGAAUAUAGAAAGAGAGUGUGAACCAGCACUUAACCCUCAGCAACAUCUGAAUCUUUACACGAUUAUCUACAAUAUGUGUAUCCAGAAAAACAGUGAUUAUUACUCACAGCAGCUUUAUGAAAAGUAUCGUCAAGUAAUUGAAGAUUAUACUAUCCAAACGGUGUUGCCAUCCUUAAGGGAGAAGCAUGGUGAAGAUAUGCUAAGAGAACUUGUUAGGAGGUGGAAGAACCAUGUUAUUCUGUUGAAUUGGUUGGGCAAGGUCUUCCGUUAUAUUGACAGAUACUAUGUUUGUCGGAGAGCCAUCCCAUUCCCAACACUAGGAAAAGUUGGCUUGAAAUGUUUCUGCGACCUGGUUUAUUGUGAGAUGCACUCCACUGCCAAAGAAGCUGUAUUAGCACUUAUUCAUAAAGAACGUGAGGGCGAAGAGAUUGAUAGGGAACUAGUGAAAAGUGUAUUAGAUAUCUAUGUGGAGAAUGGGAUGGGAACUUUGGAAAAAUAUGAAGAGGAUUUUGAAAACUUCUUGCUUCAAGAUACUGCUUCUUACUAUUCUUGCAAGGUGUCAAGGUGGAUCCAGGAGGAUUCUUGUUCUGAUUACAUGCUAAAGUCUGAGGAGUGUCUAGAAAAUGAGAGGGAGAGAGUCACUCACUAUCUCCAUUCAAGCACUGAACCCAGACUAGUUGAAGCCGUGAAAGAGGCAUUUGAUGUAAUCUUAAAGAAGGAUGGAGGAAGUGAGAAGCUAGCUUAA